AACAUCGGAAUUUCUCGUCUUUGCAUAAAUUUUCCUGUUUUAAAGCUCAAAACAUGACAGAAAACAUCAAACUCAUCCUCUUAUUCAGCGGAAAACGAAAAUGCGGCAAAGAUUUCCUCACAGCUAAACUCAUGGAACGCUACCAAAAUCGAGCACAAAUAAUUCGAAUCUCCGAACCCAUCAAGACUGCAUGGGCUGAAAAACUGAAUCUCGAUAUAAAAGAAUUACUCAGUGAUGGUCCCUAUAAGGAGCAAUAUCGAAAAGAGAUGAUCAUCUGGAGUGACGAGAUCCGAAAAAAAGAUCCGGGAUUCUUUUGUCGUGAAGCGAUGAAGAAAGCUGCAGCUGAGAUGAUUGUUGUUAGCGAUAUCAGGCGAAAAACUGAUAUUAAAUGGUUUCAAGAGACUUUUGGGAAGGAAAAGUUGAAAUGUAUUCGAAUUUACGCCGAUGAUGCUGUUAGAGAAGCAAGAGGAUGGAAAUUUGAGCCAGGAGUGGAUGAUGUCGAGUCAGAAUGCGACUUGGAUGACUUUUUUUUGUGGGACAUGAUGUGCGAUAAUGGCGAUGUGACCCAAACUAACACUGUGGUGACCCAAUUAUGCGACUUUAUUGACAAAGAGCUUUCAUGA